AUGCCUCGUCCUCGGCGUCGGCGCGCGACGCGGGCGGUCCUGGGACUACGCGUGGGCGCGCUGUGCGUCGUCGCGCUCGCGCUCGCGCUCGCGUGCGUCCGAGUCGAGGCGACGGCGGCGACGACGACGCUUCGCCCGCGCGUCGCCGAUCGCCGAGCGACGGCGCGCGAUACGUACCUGUACGUCUCCGUGGACGUCCCGGGGAAGGCGCGCACGGUGACGGCGUUUGAACCUCGAGCGGAGACGGACGUCGUGCAUCACAUGUUGCUCUUCGGAUGCGAGACGGCGGCGAGCGGGAUCGAACGCGCGGUGGGUGGGAUGUUCGGCGAGAGCGGUGGGAGAGUCGCGGUGUGCGCGGAUGGGAAGACGCAGGCGUUGCUGUACGGAUGGGGGAAGGGGGCACCGCCGAUGCACAUGCCCGCGGAUGUGGGAUUUUUGGUGGGCGACGGCGCGUUCGGCGCGCUCGUGCUCGAGGUGCACUUUUUGGAUCCGCGACGCGCGGAUGAUGCGGGUGAGAGCGGGUUAGACAUCGUUUUGGCGCCGGGACGGCCAAAAAUGAGCGCGAGCGUGCUCGCGUGGGCGAGCUAUUUCUCGCUACCGCCGGGUGAGGCGUCGACGGAGGUGCGCGCGACGUGCGCGUACGACGGCUCUCGCGAGCUCCGGGCGUUCGGCGUGCGAGUGCACACGCACGAGCGUGGGACGAAAGUGUGGAUAGAUCGAUUGGUAGGGGGUGAUGAGAAUCGUCCCGUUCGCGUAUUCGAGCGUGAUCCGCAGCUGCCGCAGAUUUUUGAGUUGUUGUCCGAAACAGAGAAGGAGCUGACAGUUGCCGCGGGCGAUGUGUUACGGGUGACGUGUAGCUUUGACACGAGGAACGAGAGCGAAGUCGUCGAGGCUGGAUUUGGGGCGUCGCACGAAAUGUGUAACAUGUACGUCAUGGUGUACAGCGACGAACCGCAGUACUUGUCGUGUCUGGGUAGGAACGACGGAGGGAGAGGACGGUUCAUCGUUGAGUCAGGCGACUCGCCCGAACACGCGGAGGACAUGAGCGCGGUGCGAGUGCACGUUGUUGCUCCGCAAUCAGCGGGUGUAUCAGCUUGGCCGAAGCAACUCGGAGCCGUGGGUGGGAUUCAGGCGACGACGGCCGGAGAGCACGUGUGGAUGACGAAUCGGGGGCCAAACGUGUGGGAGGCCGGUGACGACUUGAGCGCGGCGAAAAUCGUCGCCGAUGAUGCAAUCGUGCGCUUGAAUGUGCUCACGGGGCGCUUCGAUAAGAAAUUCGGUGCCAACACGCACGUGAUGCCUCACGGCUUGCGCGUCGCCAGGGAUGGCUCGAUCUGGGUCACCGACACGGCGCUGCAUCAGGUGUUCCAGUACGCGGCAGAUUCCGGCGAGUUGAAGCGUACGUUUGGUGAGAAGGGCAAAAAGCUCUCCGGCGCCGAGGGCUUUUGUGCCCCAGCCGAUGUUUUAGUUUUAGAGGAUGGCUCGUUCAUCGUGGCCGAUGGAUACGGGGAAUGCCCAAAUAGAAUAGGACGGUUCGCCGCGAACGGGACCUUCGAGGGAGAUUUCGAGCUGAGCGGAGUGCCUGAACCGGCGUUUCGCGUCGCUCAUCAGCUUGCGUACUCGCAAGUUCGCGCCGAGAUUGCCGUGGCCGAUCGAGAAAAUUCUCGAGUCGUCCUCUUCGAUCACGCAGGAAAGUUCAAGCGAGCGGUAGAUUUGUCAAAGCACGGGUACGCGUACGGUUUGGCGUGGAUGGGUAGUGCACUGGAGGGCAUGGAUGGCUAUUACGUUCUAUGCUGGAGUCGAGACGAUGCGAUGCCGACGACGACGCUGGUGCGCGUGUUUUGGCCAAGCAACCCCUCGUCGGAGCCGGUGACGCACGCGUGGGACCUCGGUGACUUCGAGGUCCCGCACGUGAUCGCGAUGCAGAGUAGUAAGAACGCGGGCACCGAUACUUGGGGUCCGGGACUCACCGUUCACGUCGGUUCGACGACCAAGUCGCUCGGCACAAACUACGAGCGCCUGUGGCUGGGAUUGGACCCUCCAAAAAAGCUCAGGACGUCUCCCGCGCUCUCAAGCGGUACCAACUCUCGCACUAAGGGCGUCACCGCGGCACUCGUCGUCGCUUGUUUGAUCGCCUUCGCGUACGGCGCAUGCCGCGCGAGACAAAGCACCGCCAGAACGCACGCUGCUCAAGGCGGUGGCCGCCUCGAGCUCGUCGUGCUCGUGCGCGCCGAGGACGACGACGACGACGACACCGAGGCCCCUCCAGCUGCGCAUGCGCACGAACGUCGAUUGAAUGGACCCAAAAUCGCCGUCGACUGA